AUGGAAAAAUCGGGAGUAAAGUACAAUGUACAAACUCAGAAAAGUCUUGGUGUAGAACCCAGUUAUACUAAAGCUAACUGUACCACAUACAGUAACUUUCCCAUUGACUGUAAUAUGAUGUGUGGUGUUUGCCCCUAUCCAUGUGAUGGAAAACAAUGUGAAAAUGGUGGAACUUGGAUCAAAACACAUGUCAAUGUUCUUGUAACAAACCUUACACUGGUUCAACCUGUACCGACAAGGACUGUAGUGGAGGUCAAAAAUCGUGGUGUACUAGUUUUACUGCGGCAGAUUGUAAAAAAUACGGUAACUUCCCAACUGAUUGUAAUAUCCUGUGUGGUGUAUGUCCUUAAGAUGCUGAUAUCUCGAAGGGAAUUGAAAUAAAAUGUUGGUGAACGUUCUAUUGGAAAAAUAUGAAUAAACUUAUC